CAUCCAGGUCCAUCUCUUCUGCGUACGCCUCGCUCCGGAACCGGGUCCCUCAGUGUUGUAGUGUUUGGUGACCUUUGUGCCACACACCUCUCCAUCCAUCCAGUCCUAUCACAACAUGGUGCCUAGCAUCGUCAUUCUUAAACAAGCCGCACCCAUCCCACCUGCUCCGUUCCCCCUUCCCGGCCACCUUUCACUUCUCUCAACUCCUAGUGGUGAAUAACAACGAACGCCUGCAGCAGAUAACCUGCAUAUUCCUAGCUCAGCCCUACCAAUCACUUGCCUUGCCAUCAACUAUUAGUCACCGUCUUCCCACGGGCCUCUAUAAGAUACCUUACUCCUAGAACACUAUCAUCAUCCAACACCGGCCCUAUGCCCGCUCAUCGAGUCUUCAUCGAAACCCGAGCGGUUGACAGGAGCCCCCGAAGCCCAAACCCAAGAAGUCCCCGAAGCCCGCGCCACCGGCCCCGAACCCGAAGCGAAGAGCGCAUCUACGUCUACCGGGACGAGCUACCAGCAGACAACAGCAACAACAACACCAUGACCGAACACGACCGCGUCCUCCGGGAGGCCUACGACGAAGCCUAUCGGCAGAACCAGAACCUGCGCAACGAGCUCCGGGCAAAGGAACUCGAGCUCCAGGAGAGGGACGCCCGUAUAGAGGAGCUCAAGUUUGACAACACGAACCUCCGGCGCUCGCUCGACAGCUUGUCCAACGUCGAGGGGCUCCAGGAGGAUGAGAUCCAUAACCUGAAGCGGAAGAAUUCCAAGCUGAGGAAGGACAAGGAUGAUCUGAAUGUUAGGGUCCGCGAGCUUCGCCAUGAGAUGGACGCUAAGAUGAGGCCUAUGGUGGAUCAGAUUCAUACCCUCAAGCAGGAGGUGGCCAACUGGAGGUUACAGUUCGAGUCGGAGAAGCGGAAGAACAACGAUCUUGAGCGUCGUUACGGGAGGUUGCGUGAGAACCUGGACAUCCACACGCAGCAGAGCGAGGCGUUCAGGACCCAGAAUGAGAAUCUGAGGGUGGAGAAUGAGCAACUUGCUCAGGUCCUUGAGUUGGAGCGGAGGCUGAGGGUUGCCCGCUUUUGAGCGUGAGGGAGGUAGCGGUUGACGGCAGAGUUUUUGGAGUUUCUCAUCUGGGGCCAGCAUGACUUCAGGCUCACCACGGCGAUUGACGCUUGGCCUUGGAUGCACCCU